CCCGGCUCAAAGAAAAUGGAUCAACACGCAGAAACUGUCCACUACUACAAAAAGUUAAUCUCACAGAGAGGAGAGGGACCAACCUUGGUGAAAUGUGAAACAUACAGGUUUAGAGGACACUCAUUGGCUGAUCCCGAUGAGCUCCGUGACCCUGCUGAGAAGGCACACUAUGCUGCCAGAGACCCCAUCACAGCCUUGAAGAAAUACAUAUUCGAGCACAACUUAGCCAGUGAACACGAGCAGAAGGCCAUAGAUAAGAAGAGAGAUGAGGUGCUUGAGGAUGCCGUUGAGUUCGCCUAUGAGAGGCCGCUCCCACCUCGCAGCCAGCUGCUCGAGAAUGUGUUUGCCGAUCCUAUAGGCUUUGGAAUAGGACCUGAUGGCCGCUACAGAUGUGAGGACCCUUUACUCAGGGCACUGCCGAAGUCUAGUCUUUGUUGGACCUAUAGCAGUCAACUUGUGCUAUAUCUCUGUUCCUAGAUGCUUGCGGUUAAU